AUACCAUCUUUUAGCCAGUUUUCUAUCCAUUUACAUUCAGAUUUUUCCACCCUCUGUGUGGGGAACUGUGUCAAACGCUUUUGCAAAAUCCAAGUAUAUCACGUCUACUGCCACCCCUAUGUCCAAGUAUACCACGUCCACCACCCACCCCUCUGUCCAAGUACACCACGUCUACCGCAACCCCUCUGUCCAAGUAUACCAUGUCCACAGCCACCCCUCUGUCCAAGUAUACCACGUCUAACGCCACCCCUCUGUCCAAGUAUACCACGUCCACUGCCACCCCUCUGUCCCAAGUAUACCACGUCCACCGCCACCCCUCUGUCCAGUAUACCAGGUCCACCGCCACCCCCCUCUGUCCAGUAUACCAGGUCCACAGCCACCCCUCUGUCCAUGUAUAGCCAUGUCCACUGCCACCCCUCUGUCCAUGUAUUCCACUGCCACCCCCCUCUGUCCAAGCAUACCACGUCCACCGCCCCCCCCCCUCUGUCCAAGUAUACCACGUCCACAGCCACCCCUCUGUCCAAGUAUACCACGUCCACAGCCACCCCUCUGUCCAAGUAUACCACGUCCACCGCCACACCCUCUGUCCAAGUAUACCACGUCCACCGCCCCCCCCCCUCUGUCCAAGUAUACCACGUCCACAGCCACCCCUCUGUCCAAGUAUACCACAUCCACAGCCACCCCUCUGUCCAAGCAUACCACGUCCACCGCCCCCCCCCCUCUGUCCAAGUAUACCACGUCCACAGCCACCCCUCUGUCCACGUAUACCACAUCCACAGCCACCGCUCUGUCCAAGUAUACCACUGCCACUCCUCUGUACAAGUAUACCACAUCCACAGCCCCCCUCUGUCCAAGUAUACCACGUCCACAGCCCCCCUCUGUCCAUGUAUACCACAUCCACAGCCACCCUCUGUCCAAGUAUACCACGUCCACAGCCACCCCUCUUUCCAUGUAUAC